CGAGCAGGGUUUACGCUAAGCGGAGAGAGGAAGCGAAUGAUUUUGAGCAGAAGGCAGAACAUAGGUUAGUGGGAAAGUUUGCGAAGCUGUAAUGGUUGCCCUUUCGACUUGGCUUCGCUACGCUGUGGUUAAGUUCGAGUACUCCGUCUACAUCAGCUGGAAGAAUUAUCAUUUGGGACAAAUGAAUGCAAAACAGUUCAAUGAUUCAGUGUGGAAAGGUUUUUUCCAAGGAAAGUUAACUUUCUUGCACUGGCAUAGAGGACAAGACAUGGAGCCUGCAAUACCAGAUGGAGGAAAUCUUCUUGUUAGAAAAAUGAUCUAUCCAGUCCCAACGCAAGUCUUUAUUGGAGAUGUUGUUGUGAUGAAAGAUCCUGAGAAGCCCAAUGACCGCAUUGUCAGAAGAUUGGCUGCUGUAGAAGGAUAUGAGAUGGCUUCCAAAGAUGAAAAGGAUGAUCCAUUUAUUUUAGAGAAAGAUCAGUGUUGGGUUUUGUCGGAUGAUGAGUCUUUAAAGCCAAAGGAAGCAAGGGACAGCAGAUUGUUCGGUCCAGUUCCAAUGAGUGACAUUAUUGGACGGGUCAUAUAUGCUAUGAGAUCAGCUGUUGAUCACGGGCCAGUGCAGAAUAGCCAUCUUGCCAUGGAAAAAGACUCUUCUGUGCUUUCUGUUGAAUUGGACGUUGAUGAGAUGGCAAAGAAUCUCAAAACAUAGUGUCCAACGUCUCAGUUCUUAGCCACUUCUCAAAAUCAUUCUGUGACAGAGAAUAAUCCUAAGAAGGCCAAUACCAUGUUAUUUACUCUCCGCACGAAAGAUGGGUUGGGCAGGAAGACUGUCGAAUUCUGGUUGGUUUAAAAUAUUAACCUGACACUCAUUGCUGUAAUUCUGACUUUGUUUUUGGGCUAUACUGUCUGAUUUGAAGGCAGGAUAAUGAUUUCAUAGUGUUUUGCAGUCUUAUUUUUUCAUGUCUUGUUCUUGUUUCGCUCAUCACUGUCUGAACCAUCUCGGUCUUAUUAUGUACUGUUUAUAUUAGUUCUUUGCUCGAGGCCAUUUAGUUUUUUGCUCAA